AUGGGCAGGAUCAAGGGAGUGGUUAAGCAUGUAUGGGGAGCUAAUUGGUGCAUUAUCGGAGGACCACUCAAAGGACCAUUCUCCGUCAAGAUCACCACUUUGUCCGCCGGUAAAACACUGUUGGCCACCGACGUAGUCCCAAGAAACUGGGCACCUAAAGCAACUUACUCUUCUCGACGCAACUUCUCCCCUGUCCUCUAA